AUGCCUAGCGUACGAUCAAUCAUCAGCGGCCUCAUGGCCUUGGCUCCCCUUGCGGCUGCCGCCCCGGCUGGAAUCGUUGCCCGACAAGCGUCUGCAUCUGCAUCUUCUGCUGCUCCUGCGGCUACCUCAUCUGCUGCUGCUGCACCAGCGGCGCCGGCAGCAGGUGGAGGCUUGACCGAUGUUGACAUCCUUCAGUUUGCUCUUACCGCAGAGCACCUUGAGUCCACUUUCUACCAGCAAGGCUUCGCCAAGUUCCCCAUGAGCGACUUCCAGGCCCUCGGCCUCACCGACGGACAGAUCAAGUCUCUCAUGGGCGUUGGACAGACUGAGGCUACGCACGUCACCACCCUCCAGGCCGCCAUCGCGGGCGCAGGAGCCAAGCCCGUCGAGCCCUGCAUGUACAACUUCGAUGCCGCCCUCAAGGACGCAAAGACCAUGGUUGCGACCGCUCGUGUCCUUGAGGCCGUCGGUGUCUCCGCCUAUCUGGGCGCCGCUCCCCUUGUGAACUCCUCGGACGUCCUCACCGCGGCUGCUACCAUCGUCACCGUCGAGGCCCGCCACCAGGCCUUCAUCCGCGUUGCCUCCGGCGCCGAGCCCGUCCCCGCUGCUUUCGACACCCCGCUCGGCCCCCGCGCUGUCUUCACCCUCGCAGCCGCGUUCAUCAUGUCCUGCCCCGAGGGCUCCAACCUGAACAUCCAGGCCUUCCCCUCCAUCGCGCUCCAGAACCCCGAGCAGGCCGCCGUUGGCUCCAACCUCAAGCUCGCGGACGCUGCCAACCCCGCUGGUGCCCAGUUCUGCGCCUUUGUUGCUCCCGGUGGCAACCAAUUCUCCCAAAUCACCGACGGCAACUGCGUCGUGCCCCAGAACCUCAACGGCGAGGUCUACAUGAUGAUCACCAAGUCGCAGUCCGUGGCCGACGCCGAGGUGCUCGCUGGACCUUCCGUCAUCCAGCCCUCAUAG